GUGUCCUUCGGUCUGCGCCCUCCUCCUUAACGCGGGCCGGGCCGUGCCUCCGUUGCCUGGCAACCGUCAGUGACGAAGGAGCCCUUGCGCCUUCCUUCCGCUAGGUGGCGGUAGGAGUUCGGCGGACGGAGAGGUUCCGCGCCCACUUCGCGGCCCAGAGGACUGAGCCCGGCCUCCGGUGCAAGGAAACCCCAGAGGCCGGAACUAGAAUUGCAAAUUUUUUUUCACCCCGGAUUCCAACGGUGAGAAACCCUUUCUGUGGAAGAAUAAUGUUCUCAGAGCCCCAGCUUUUUACUGAGCACAAUAUAGCCAAAAGAUGACAUUGCCCAGCCACUUUCGCAGAUAGCUGUGGCUAUUCCAGGAUCCCAGAAAAUGAUAGCCACAAAUGAAGGCCUCUGAAGCAGAACUGCCCUGGAUCUUUACUGUGCUGGUGCCCUCUCGGACUUUCUCGUGCCCUUCUGUCUCUGGCCUCUCAUUCUCCCCCGAGGCAUGGAAACUAGAAUUCCUCUUCCCCCAGGUGGGUCAUAGAAGCCAGCAACAAAACCUAAAAAUAUCACUUUAACUUUCUCUUUCUCCCAGCCUUUCUGUAUAAAAACUGGCCAUAAAGAAAUGAUCUGACCUGCCUCGUUUGACUGUUCCAGAUUGUUGAAACCCAUUCUGGAGAGGCUUCUACCCCACAUUUAGACUGUUGAAUCCCAUUGCAGAGUGGGUCCUGUCCCACAUCCAGAAGGAAGGAAGGCACACAGGUCAAGAAGAAUCUAGAUAGACAGCAUUGCUGAGUUUCUCCCACUCAGUCUAUAGCAUUAGAUCACACUCUUUUUUUAUCCCGUCAUAUUUCUACAUGGCUGUUCAUACUUGGUUGAACCUAAGCAUAAAAGUGGACAAUUUCCCCUGUAUCUUUUAUUUAUUUUAUUUAUUUUCACUUUUUUUAGGGACAGGGUCUCACACUGUCACUCGAGCUGGAGCUCGGUGGCACAAUCACAGCUCAUGCAGCCUCAAACUCCUGGGCCCAGCAUACCUGGCUAAUUUUAAAAUUUUUUGUACAGAUGGAAUCUUGCUUUGUUCCUAAGGCUGACCUUAAACUCUUGGCCCCAAGGCAUACUCCCUCCUCAGCCUCCCAAAGUGCUGAGGUCACAGGCAUGUGACACUGUGCCCAGCCUCCCCUUCAGGUCUUCAUUCUGCAGUCUCCUGUGUACGUGUAAAAUUAUGAUCAAAUAAAUUUGUAUGCCUUUUCUCCUAUUAACCUGCCUUUUUUGUCAGCAAUUGUCAGUGAAACUUCAGAGGGCAAAGGGGAAGUUUUCCUUGGCCCCUCCAGGUUUGGUGCUGUGAACAGGAUACCAAAGCUGCUCUGUUCUUCUGGAAGCUGCAAUGAAGGGAACCAAGGACCUGACAAGCCAGCAGAAGGAGUCUAACGUGAAGACAUUUUGCUCCAAGAAUAUCCUAGCCAUCCUUGGCUUCUCCUCUAUCAUAGCUGUGAUAGCUUUGCUUGCUGUGGGGUUGACCCAGAACAAAGCAUUGCCAGAAAACGUUAAGUAUGGGAUUGUGCUGGAUGCGGGUUCUUCUCACACAAGUUUAUACAUCUAUAAGUGGCCAGCAGAAAAGGAGAAUGACACAGGGGUGGUGCAUCAAGUAGAAGAAUGCAGGGUUAAAGGUCCUGGAAUCUCAAAAUUUGUUCAGAAAGUAAAUGAAAUAGGCAUUUACCUGACUGAUUGCAUGGAAAGAGCUAGGGAAGUGAUUCCAAGGUCCCAGCACCAAGAGACACCCGUUUACCUGGGAGCCACGGCAGGCAUGCGGUUGCUCAGGAUGGAAAGUGAAGAGUUGGCAGACAGGGUUCUGGAUGUGGUGGAGAGGAGCCUCAGCAACUACCCCUUUGACUUCCAGGGCGCCAGGAUCAUUACUGGCCAAGAGGAAGGUGCCUAUGGCUGGAUUACUAUCAACUAUCUGCUGGGCAAAUUCAGUCAGAAAACAAGGUGGUUCAGCAUAGUCCCAUAUGAAACCAAUAAUCAGGAAACCUUUGGAGCUUUGGACCUUGGGGGAGCCUCUACACAAAUCACUUUUGUACCCCAAAACCAGACUAUCGAGUCCCCAGAUAAUGCUCUGCAAUUUCGCCUCUAUGGCAAGGACUACAAUGUCUACACACAUAGCUUCUUGUGCUAUGGGAAGGAUCAGGCACUCUGGCAGAAACUGGCCAAGGACAUUCAGGUUUCAAGUAAUGAAAUUCUCAGGGACCCAUGCUUUCAUCCUGGAUAUAAGAAGGUAGUGAACGUAAGUGACCUUUACAAGACCCCCUGCACCAAGAGAUUUGAGAUGACUCUUCCAUUCCAGCAGUUUGAAAUCCAGGGUAUUGGAAACUAUCAACAAUGCCAUCAAAGAAUCCUGGAGCUCUUCAACACCAGUUACUGCCCUUACUCCCAGUGUGCCUUCAAUGGGAUCUUCUUGCCACCACUCCAGGGGGAUUUUGGGGCAUUUUCAGCUUUUUACUUUGUGAUGAAGUUUUUAAACUUGACAUCAGAGAAAGUCUCUCAGGAAAAGGUGACUGAGAUGAUGAAAAAGUUCUGUGCUCAGCCUUGGGAGGAGAUAAAAACAUCUUACGCUGGAGUAAAGGAGAAGUACCUGAGUGAAUACUGCUUUUCUGGUACCUACAUUCUCUCCCUCCUUCUGCAAGGCUAUCAUUUCACAGCUGAUUCCUGGGAGCACAUCCAUUUCAUUGGCAAGAUCCAGGGCAGCGACGCCGGCUGGACUUUGGGCUACAUGCUGAACCUGACCAACAUGAUCCCAGCUGAGCAACCAUUGUCCACACCUCUCUCCCACUCCACCUAUGUCUUCCUCAUGGUUCUAUUCUCCCUGGUCCUUUUCACAGUGGCCAUCAUAGGCUUGCUUAUCUUUCACAAGCCUUCGUAUUUCUGGAAAGAUAUGGUAUAGCAAAAGCAGCUGAAAUAUGCUGGCUGGAGUGAGGAAAAAAAUCGUCCAGGGAGCAUUUUCCUCCAUCGCAGUGUUCAAGGCCAUCCUUCCCUGUCUGCCAGGGCCAGUCUUGACGAGUGUGAAGCUUCCUUGGCUUUUACUGAAGCCUUUCUUUUGGAGGUAUUCAACAUCCUCUGCCUCAAGGACUUCCGGCAGAUACUGUCUCUUUCAUGAGUUUUUCCCAGCUACACCUUUCUCCUUUGUACUUUGUGCUUGUAUAGGUUUUAAAGACCUGACACCUUUCAUAAUCUUUGCUUUAUAAAAGAACAAUAUUGACUUUGUCUAGAAGAACUGAGAGUCUUGAGUCCUGUGAUAGGAGGCUGAGCUGGCUGAAAGAAGAAUCUCAGGAACUGGUUCAGUUGUACUCUUUAAGAACCCCUUUCUCUCUCCUGUUUGCCAUCCAUUAAGAAAGCCAUAUGAUGCCUUUGGAGAAGGCAGACACACAUUCCAUUCCCAGCCUGCUCUGUGGGUAGGAGAAUUUUCUACAGUAGGCAAGUAUGUGCUAAAGCCAAAGAGUUUUAUAAGGAAAUAUAUGUGCUCAUGCAGUCAAUACAGUUCUCAAUCCCACCCAAAGCAGGGAUGUCAAUAAAUCACAUAUUCCUAGGUGAUACCCAAAUGCUACAGAGUGGAACACUCAGACCUGAGAUUUGCAAAAAGCAGAUGUAAAUAUAUGCAUUCAAACAUCAGGGCUUACUAUGAGGUAGGUGGUAUAUACAUGUCACAAAGAAAAAUACAGUUACAACUCAGGGUCACAAAAAAUGCAUCUUCCAAUGCAUAUUUUUAUUAUGGUAAAAUAUACAUAAAUAUAAUUCACCAUUUUAACAUUUAAUUCAUAUUAAAUACGUACAAAUCAGUGACAUUUAGUACAUUCACAGUGUUGUGCCACCAUCACCACUAUUUAGUUCCAGAACAUUUGCAUCAUCAAGAAAUUGUCUAGAGACAAGACUAUCCUGGGUAGGCAGAAACCAUAGAUCUUUUGUGUUUACAGCUAUGGAAACCAACUGUACCAUAAAGAUAGUUCACUGAGUUUUAAAGCCAAGCCACAUCUUAUUUUUCCAAGGUUUAAUUUAGUGAGAGGGCAGCAUUAGUGUGGAGUGGCAUGCUUUUGCCCUAUCAUGGAAUUUACACAUCAGAAUGUGCAGGAUCCAAGUCUGAAAGUGUUGCCACCCGUCACACAACAUGGGCUUUGUUUGCUUAUUCCAUGAAGCAGCAGCUAUGGACCUUACCAUGGAAACAUGAAGAGACCCUGUACCCCUUUCCUUAAGGAUUGCUGCAAGAGUUACCUGUUGAGCAGGAUUGACUGGUGAUGUUUCAUUCUGACCUUGUCCCAAGCUCUCCAUCUCUAGAUCUGGGGACUGACUGUUGAGCUGAUGGGGAAAGAAAAACUCUCACACAACCAGAAGCCAAAUGUCCCCAUAUCUCUUGAAUGAUCAAGUCACUUUUGACAAAAGCCAGGUGAAUAUAAAAACUUAAUAAAGCUGUGGAAAGGAA